AUGCGCCCUCCACGUUUUCUAGGCGCCGUCGCUACAACAUUAAUUCUCCUUACCUCAUUCGCACACGCCUCGCCGCGACCCAAUGAAGAACCGGCAGAAUCGAUAGAAGGAAGAGAUUCCAACGAAGGCCAAACCGAACAACAUGAUACGAAAUAUUUCCAUGAGCCAGGAGGAGAUGAUUCAUUAGGACAUUACGACAUACGAUAUUUUCAAGGAAACCCCGUUAGCUAUGAAGAAAAACAAGAUUCCCUCCGAUUUCUCAUCAAAUCCUACUUAACCACUUUCCGCGAGCGCAAUAUCGAGACGUGGAUUGCGCAUGGAACGUUAUUGGGUUGGUGGUGGAAUGGCAAGAUUAUGCCAUGGGAUUGGGAUUUGGAUACGCAGGUUUCGGCGGCGACUCUGGCCUGGUUGGGUGAAAAUAUGAAUAUGACGAUGCAUAACUAUACCGGACGAGGCGAGGAUGGAUCGACCAUCACUCGAGAAUAUCUUCUCGAUAUUAAUCCGAAUCAUGUUGAGAGAGUGAGAGGAGAUGGUAUGAAUGUUAUUGAUGCGCGUUGGAUCGAUGUGAGGAAUGGCUUAUUUAUUGAUAUUACGGGACUUGCGGAAGUAAGUCCUAGUACGCAGCCGGGAAUUUGGAGCUGUAAGAAUUAUCAUCGUUAUAGGACGAGAGAUAUUUAUCCAUUGAGGGAGACGGAGUUUGAGGGUGUACCCGCAUUGGUACCGUAUAGUUUUGAUAGGGUUCUCACGGAUGAGUAUAGUCCGAGGGCGUUAACGAAAACAUUACAUGAAGGAUGGAACCCCGAACAAAAAGAAUGGAUCCCCGAAACUCCCAUCGGUAUCCACGAUAAACGUCAAGAAACCCAAGAUCAAUCCCAAUCCCAAUCCCAAUCUCAACCUCAAGCACAAGCACAUCCACACAUGCCCCGCAGUAUCCAAUCAAACGGUAACCAAAAAGCCGGACUAAGAAAUCUUUUAAACGUAUUAUGA